AAUUUACAAAUUACAAUUUCAGAAAUUUCUUGCUUAAAAGCCUUUUAAAGGACAGCAGAGAAACCAGAGAAAGAAUUUCCCCCUUUUUUUAAUUUUUCUCUUCGGCUUUCAGUUUUUCUCCUUUUUUUUUUCUAGGCAUCCAAACAGACGGUAAGGCGGUGUUGUUUUCCAGGGGAAUUUGAGGUCGUUGUUUCGGUGGAAUUUUCUCGGGAAACAAGCGGAAACCUUUUUGUUUUUGUUAAGGGAAGAGAAGAGACGGGGAAAGAUGAUGAUGAUGUCUUCGGCUUCAUCGUCAGCAGCAACAGUAGCAGUAGACAAGGCGACGAGCGAUCUUCUAAUCGGUCCUGAUUGGACUAUGAACAUCGAUAUUUGCGAUUCUGUUAAUUCUAAUCAUUGGCAAGCAAAGGAUGUUGUAAAGGCUGUGAAGAAAAGGUUGCAGCACAAGAGUUCUAAAGUGCAAUUACUUGCUUUGACGCUUUUGGAGACAAUGGUGAAGAACUGUGGUGACUAUGUCCAUUUUCAGAUUGCUGAGAGGAAUAUAUUGGGUGAGAUGGUCAAAAUUGUGAAAAAGAAGGCAGAUAUGGUAGUGAGGGACAAAAUCUUGGUUUUGUUGGACUCUUGGCAGGAGGCAUUUGGUGGUCCUGGUGGUAAACAUCCUCACUACUACUGGGCAUAUGAUGAGCUAAGGCGUUCUGGAGUAGAAUUUCCCAAGCGUUCAUUGGAUGCAGCUCCUAUCUUUACACCACCUGCUACCCAUCCAACCGUGAGACACAAUCAUCCUGGUUAUGGAAUGCCAAGCAAUUCUUCUAGAAGGCUUGAUGAAACAAUGGCUACCGAAAUUGAAAGUUUAAGUUUAUCUAGCUUGGACUCUAUGAGGGAUGUUAUGGAGCUCUUAAGUGACAUGCUGCAAGCUGUUAACCCCGAUGACCGUGCGGCAGUAAAAGAUGAAGUGAUAGUUGAUCUUGUCAACAGAUGUCGUUCCAACCAGAAAAAGCUGAUGCAGAUGCUAACAACUACUGGGGAUGAGGAACUUUUAGCGCGAGGUCUUGAACUAAAUGACAGUCUGCAAAGCUUGCUUGCCAAACAUGAUGCCAUAGCCUCAGGUUCCCCCUUGCCAAUUCAAGUUACUAAUGUAAGCUCCAAGCCAGCUGAAGCAAGUACCUCCAACAAAUCAAAUGAAGUGAAGGACUCAAGCCUAACACCUAAUAUCAGUCCAUCUGCACCCAUUGCUACUGUGACAAGAAGCCAGAUUGAUGAAGAGGAAGAAGAGGAAGAUGAUUUUGCACAGCUAGCUAGAAGGCAUUCUAGAGCACAGUCCACAUCUUCUCAGAGCACAUCUGCUGGAACAAGUGAAGGUAUUGUGCCAAUCAACAAUACUGCUCCGACAACUUCAUAUGUGCCAGCUGCCUCAACCUCGACUCCAUGCAAUGCAUUAGCUUUGCCAGAUCCACCUGCACCAGUUAGGACUACAAAAGAACAGGACUUGAUUGAUCUUCUAAGCAUCACCUUGUCAACAACAUCAGCUUCCUCUCCCCAUACCCCUCCUACACCAUCUGCAUCUUACCAAAAUAUGCAUCAGGCACCUGUUCCUCCUAGUACCCAGGGAUAUCCUUAUGCUUCCCAAACCUAUCCUGGAAGUCAGAGACAGCUGCCAUAUAAUAGUUAUGUUGUUCCUUGGGCCCAGCCUCAGCCUCAUCCACAGAAACCAUCCCAGCCUCAAGUCCAGCCACAAUAUCUUUCCCAACAACAGGUACACCCACAAUCUCAACAUCAAAUUGACCAACAAUCCCAAUCCCAAAGCCAGUUCCACACAGAUUCCCAAACUCAAAUCCAGUCAAAUUCACUGUCUCAGGCCCAACCUCAUUUCCAAACACAAUCCCAAUCUUUACCCCGGCCACAGUCCCAUCCAUUGCAGUUACAGGCAGCAUCGCAAAUUCAACUCCAGCCACAAUCACAAUCUCAACCUCAGCGCCAAGCACAACAGCAAACUCAACCUCGCCUCCAAGCACAGUCCCAAACACAAACUCAGUCAUUCUUACAACCUCAACACCAGCCACAAUCACAAUCUCAACCUCAGCGCCAAGCACAACAGCAAACUCAACCUCGCCUCCAAGCACAGUCCCAAACACAAACUCAGUCAUUCUUACAACCUCAACACCAGCCACAUUUUCAACCUCAAUACCCGCAAUACUCAUCUGGGUACCCCCCUCCACCAUGGGCUGCUAUUCCAGGUUAUUUCAACAGCCAAAAUCACCUUUCCUCUGCAAAUAACAUGUUUUCUACUCCCCAAAUGAACAUUGCCACAUCAAAUCCCGUGAUAGGUAAUAGGCCCUUGCAGCAUGUUAAUUCAUUCCCUGCAAGAGGAAGCAAUGGAGCACCAAUGAAUGGGGAUUCUUGGGCGAGUACAGGUUAUAAGAACCCCACUCCCGUAGCAGGACAGAAGCCCUUUAUUCCAUCAUACAGGUUGUUUGAAGAUUUGAAUGUGCUUGGAAAUACAGAUGGGAGGCUUAAGAUGACAAGCAGUACAUCCCCUAGCUUGUCAGGUACUUCUAGCCAAAGUAUGGUUGGUGGAAGGAAGUGAGGCAGUAAAGCAUUAUGCGAAGGGUAUGUCCAUGUGAAAAUGGUGUAAAUCCGUAUCCAACGUGGAAUUGUCUUUUUAGAUUUGAUUGUUAUUCAUUAUUGUCACAUUAUAAUUUUUCGUUGUGGUGCAUGAUAUGUUUAUAGCCGCUGCCACUUCCAUCUUCAGAAUCGACGUCUAUACUAAACCCCAUUGGGUACUUAAA